UCCGCGAGAGUGUAACAAGGUAUGACUGGAUAAUAUUUAGUUUACCGAGUUUCAAACCGCCACUGGCAUGGCUUUUACACCGAGAUGGUUCUUGUUAUUACAUUUGAGUUUCUGCGCGGCAUGGAUGGACGAGAGACCUGUUCUAGAGUCCCAAGAUGGACAUUUAGUAAUCUCCAGCGCGAAGGACAGAAACAUCACCCUGAAGAUAAUAGGAGGCGGUUACGUGAAUGUCAAUGAGAUCAAUUUACUUCAUGUAGCAUCGGCGGCGCAAAAUGCGACGCGGGUCAUUGACAGGUGGCGGAUGGGAUACUUAGCCGAGAUGGAGAGCUCUCUUCACCAGUUAACGACUAUAGUGACAGGCUCCACAGGUUUACAGAGAAGAGUCGCUCUGCUCGAGAGGAGCAUCGACGUAAACGACACGAUUCGCGCAGGAAACAGAUCACAAAUAUAUCCGAGUUUUUAUCCAUUGCCGCCUAGAAUGAGAAACAGCAUUCGUCGUAUCAACAUUCGAUUUAAAGCAUUAGAAGAUUCACUGAGAGCUAUGCAAACUCUGCUUCGAGAAAAUGAAUGCCAAAGUAACCCGUGUCAAAACGGCGGUACAUGCGAGGAUCUCUAUGAUGCCUAUCAAUGUCAUUGCCCAUCAAAUUGGGAGGGCCCGAAUUGUAUGACGGACGUCAACGAAUGCGCAAGAUUCGUUGGUACGGAACUUGGAUGUCAAAAUGGGGCAACGUGUCGUAAUUUACCUGGAUCUUAUCGGUGCGACUGCUUGCCGGGAUGGUUCGGCCUUCAUUGCACGCAGAAAACGUCGAUUUGCAAUACGGAGAAUUCCGAGGCGCUUUGCGGCGAGCAUGGUGUGUGUGUCGCCAAAAGUAGUUCUUCGUUGGGCUAUAAAUGCAUUUGCGAUCAAGGAUGGGAGAGCGAUGGUACGAGCCCAGCUUGCACCAAGGAUGUAGAUGAAUGCGCGGCGUACCAUCCACCCUGUUCCGUAAAUCCACCGGUAUCGUGUCACAAUACACGCGGUUCAUUCGCCUGCGGCCCCUGCCCGCACGGUUACAGCGGAAAUGGCUAUUAUUGCACCGACAUUGAUGAGUGUCUGAUUAACAACGGCGGUUGCAGUACCUCGCCUCACGUGCAAUGCAUGAACACGAUGGGUUCUAGGGUGUGCGGGGCCUGUCCUCCAGGAUAUCGCGGUGACGGUGUCAGUUGCAUUUUUGUCGGCGGUUGCGCCAUCAACAACGGCGGAUGCCAUCCGUUCGCUACAUGUAGGGAAUUCGCUACAUGUAGGGAAAAUCCAUCGCUUUCAAGUUCUUACGUGCUAUGCCGUUGUCCGCCGGGUUACAUAGGUAACGGAAUGGGACCGAACGGCUGUCAAUUAACUGAUGUGUCAGUUAAUACAGCGUGCUCUAACAACCCCUGUGUGUAUGGCACAUGUGCGCCAAACGGUGCAAAUGGCUUCACUUGCACAUGCAAUCCGGGAUAUUCAGGAACUAUAUGUAACAUACCGGUCGAUCCAUGCUCGCCGAAUCCGUGUCGAAACAACGGUAUUUGCACUGUUUUAAAUGGACAAGCAACGUGUCAGUGUACAUCUAGCUUUACGGGAAACAGAUGCGAGACACCGCGACAAACAUGCGGCGGUGUGUCACGAAAUCCUAUAGGAACACUUCAAUUUCCCAUGGAUGGUAGCACUUACCAGCACGGAUUGAGCUGUGCAUGGGUGUUAAUUACGGAUUCUUCUAAAGUUCUGAACAUCACCUUCACUGCUUUCAAUCUCGAACAGUCCACGGAUUGCAAGUUUGACUUCUUACAGAUUCACGACGGAAGGAAUGCUGGUAGCCAAAUGAUUAAUAGAUUUUGCGGUCACACAUUGCCUAAUGGAAACGGAAAUAUCGUCUCGUCCCAUAAUACCCUCUACUUAUGGUUCCACUCGGACAGCAGUAUAUCUCACGAUGGAUUUACUUUGCAUUGGAAUAGCAUCGAUCCUGUUUGCGGAGGCAAUUUAGAGGGUGAUUAUGGUACUAUUGCAUCUCCAGGCUCGCCAGGAAGAUAUCCUCCAAAUAGGGACUGCUUCUGGAGAGUUUCCGUUGAACCAUCGAAAAGAAUUCAAUUCCAUUUUGGUCAGCUGAUGCUCGAGGAACAUUGCGAUGCCGAUUACGUAGAGAUUUUAGGUUUAGACGAAGAACGUUUAGGGCUUUUCUGCAAUCACACUCGUCCACCGCCUCUAAUCACACCCACUUUUGAAGCGACUCUUCAUUUUCAUUCUGAUGCUGUUGGUCAAGACACUGGCUUUCAAAUCCAUUAUUCGGCGAUUGAAGGUGUCCCUGGUUGCGGUGGAAUUUAUACAAGUGCAAAUGGAAUGAUAAACUCGCCCGGCCAAUCGUCGUCGUCUUAUCAACCAAAUAUGGAAUGUGAGUGGAAGAUACAAAUGCCAGCAGGCGAACGAAUCAGAGCAUCAUGGUUGCGAUUUAAUCUUGAAGAAUCUUCCAGUUGUCAAUUUGACUUUGUCGAGAUUUACGACGGACCUAACAGAUUUUCUCAGUUACUUGGUAGAUACUGUGGAUCGGAUAUGCCGCCAGCGAUCAAGUCGAGCUCAAACACUUUGGUCGUGAUCUUUAAAUCCGAUUGGUCUUACGAAUUGGAAGGUUUCACAUUGUCCUACGAUAUUUUAUGCGGCGGCGAAUUCCACGAGGAAACCGGAAUUCUCAAAUCACCCUUCUAUCCAGAUACUUAUCAUAGCUCGAGAACGUGUAUUUACGAGAUUAUACAACCGUCGAAUAAAGGAAUUGUAUUAACCAUAGAAGACAUGGACAUCGAAGGUAGAGAACCACCGAAUUGUAAUUACGAUUACAUCGAGAUUUAUGACGGUGAUGAUGAAAAUGCAAACAAGCUCGCUACGUUAUGCGGCGAACAAAUUCCAGAUAUCCCUUACUAUUCCACACAUAAUUCUAUGUACAUAAAAUUCACAACCGACGUUAGUAUCGAGGGUCGAGGCUUUAAAGCUAAUUACACAACCAUCGAUCGCAGAUGCGGCGGAUUGCUGAAAGAAUCAACCGGAGUGAUUCAAUCUCCCGUUGAAAAUGGAGUUUAUGUCGAUAACGAAGAAUGUAUUUGGACCAUUCAAGCACCACCAGGAUACAUAAUACAUCUCACUUGGUUGUCAUUUAAUUUGGAACAUCAUUUUAAUUGUGUCCAUGAUUAUGUCAACAUUUAUGAAAAUUACACCACGCCUAAUGAAAAUAUAAUAGCCACAUAUUGUGGUAAUACUAAACCACCCGACUUAAUGACACAGGAACGUACACUUACUAUACUCUUUCACACUGACUCGAGCGUUUCGGGGGACGGAUUUACCGCCACAUACAUUUUCGUAGAUGUUACAAAGGUCUGCGGCGGUCACUAUUUGAAACCAAAUGGCGUUAUUAGAUCGCCAAAUUAUCCUGAACAUUAUCCGUACCAGAAAGAUUGCGUUUGGAUUAUUCAAGCGCAAAACAGACACAGAAUCAUGCUUACGAUUAAUCACUUUGAAUUGGAGGAACAUACGAAUUGCGCAUUCGAUUAUUUAGAAAUUAGGAGUGGUGGAUAUGAUUCCGCACCACUAAUCGGCAAAUUCUGUGGCACAGAAAUACCCACUGAAAUACCAAGUCAAACCAAUCAAAUGUACAUUAGAUUCGUCUCGGAUUUCUCGAGAUCAUCCCAAGGUUUCGAGAUACAAUGGGAUAGCACCACAGAAGGAUGCGGUGGUAUGAUGACAACGGUCACUGGCGACAUUAUAUCUCCAAAUUAUCCCGAGCCUUAUUCAUUGAAUGCAGAUUGUUACUGGAAGAUAGCCGUAUCGACGGGUAGUUUGGUGCAAGUCGUAAUAGUCGACCUCGAUCUCGAGGAACACGAAAAGUGUCGACAUGACUUUAUCGAAAUAUUUGAUGGUAUUACUCAUCGUACAAAUGGAAGACGUUACUGCGGUACCACGUAUCCGAAGAUUAUUCAAUCUAAAUCCAAUCAAAUGACCAUUCGAUUUCGCAGCGACUUUUCUAUUCCCUCCCGCGGUUUCCAUCUGAAAUACGAAACGCAAUGUCACAAUAAACUACACGGCUACUACGGUGUGAUAGAAUCACCGAAUUUUCCCAACGAAUAUGAGCACUCAACAAACUGCAGUUGGACAAUUGAGGCUCCAAUUGGCAACACGAUUAAUCUAACUUUUUCGCACUUUGAUCUCGAAAGAGGCAUACUGGACGCUUGCACAUAUGAUUAUCUGCUAAUUAUGGAAGGCGAUAAAGACAAUCCCAACACCGAGUUAGGUCGAUUCUGUGGAGCGGAGCUUCCAGCAAAAAUUAAUUCGACACAGCAUCAAGUAUUUAUAACAUUUAUGACGGACUCCUUUAUUGCUUUUGAUGGCUUUCGACUCGAAUGGACGGUGCACGGGUGCGGUGGAUAUUUAAAUAAACCGUACGAUGCAUUUACAUCACCCGGGUACCCGUCUGCUUAUCCGGCGAAUAUCGUUUGCGAAUGGCAGAUUGAAGUGGAUUAUAUGCACAGCAUUGAACUCACUUUUCACGAAGUGAACACUGAAAAACAGAAAGGCUGUUACUUCGAUAAAAUCCAAAUUUACGGUGGUAACGACGCGGAGGCGCCGAAAUUGGCCGAGCUUUGUUAUUCAGAAAAACCAGUGAUCUACACUAGUCCUGGAAAUAGAAUGUUCGUAAAAUUUCAGUCGGAUGUUUCUUACGCUGGUCGAGGAUUCAACGCAAGCUAUAGAAGCGUUCCUAUCGAGUGUGGCGGUAAAUUUACAACAGACUCGGGUAUUAUUCAUUCGGCUAAUUAUCCGCAAAAUUAUCCGCUUGAUCAGAAUUGCGAGUGGCUGCUGGAAGUCGACACCAAUCACGUUGUAAAUCUCACAUUCCUAGACUUUGAUAUGGAGUACAGUAGAAAUUGCACUGAUGAUUACGUUAAGAUUUUCGACGGACCAACAACGGAUGAUCUCUUAUUGGGAACGCAUUGUAACAAUCGACUGCCACCGCCCUACAUUUCGACUAGUAACCAGAUGUUAGUAGCCAUGCGAACCGAUAAUAUGAUUACAGCCAAAGGUUUCAAAGCUCAGUAUGUUAGAGCUUGCGGUGCUCGCAUAAUCGUGAAAGAUCACGGUUUUCUUACACCCUCGAGUGGAUAUACCAAUAUACAAGACGACACUAAUUGUACGUGGACAUUGAUAGCUGAAAAUCCAGCCGAUCACGUGACUGUUACCUUCACACAUAUGGAGAUCGAUCCGAUUGGACGUACCGAAUGGGAACCCUCUCUAAGUCCCUGUUUUUGGGACUAUAUCCAGAUAUUCGAGGGUGACAGCAUAGACGGGCCGCUUUUAGGAAAAUGGUGCAACAAUGUCACGCCGCCGCCAAUUACGAGUACCGGAAGCUCGCUCACGUUGCACUUAUUUGUACGUUACGAGUUCUUCGGCCACUUUGUCGCCAGCUAUUCCGUCCUGAAUACAGCAUGUGGUGGAAACUACACUUCUGAACAAGGCAUGAUUACUUCGCCGGGUUAUCCGAACAGCUAUCCAUUGAACGCAGAAUGCAUUUGGAUGCUGAAUAUAUCCCCCGGUAAUAAGAUCACUCUCUCAUUCUCCGAGUUUGAUAUCGAAUCGAGCGAAAAUUGCGAUUUGGAUUACCUCGAGAUACGGGAGGACAACGGAAUUGGAAAGCUUAUUAGCAUUUCCUGCGGCAAAGAUGUCGCGGCAAUUACAUCCUCCAACAGAUUAUGGAUUAAGUUUAAGAGCGACGAUUCAGGCACCGCCAAAGGUUUCGUAGGCGAGUAUAAUAUUAUCGGAGGGAACGAACUCGAGGGACCUACGGGACGCAUUACCUCGCCAUUGUAUCCGAUGCCUUAUAGGCGUACAGCUACGUUUUCAUGGCGUAUCACCGUCGAAAUGAAUUCGAUCAUACGCAUUGAAUUCACAGAUUUGCAAAUAGAAAAAAGUGAAUUAUGCGUCUCUAACGUUAAAAUAUAUGAUGGGUAUGAUAGUGAAGCAAUAAGUUUAUUAGAAGUAUGCGGCUAUACUUUACCAGAUCCAGUACAGUCAUCCAGUAAUGUAGUUUACAUCAAGAUGACAACUGAGUUUCUUAGACAGGGAAAUUGGUUCGAUCUCACAUGGCUUCAAAUACCAAGAGAUAUUUCUCAAGAUAAUAAAGAGAUUAAAUUGUCAGAAUGUAACAAAGAAAUAGCUCUAAUGGGUGAGCGCAACAACACAUAUACCUUCAGCUCUCCUGGCUGGCCAACAGGUUAUGCUGCCGAUCUGCAUUGCAACUGGGUUUUCACAUCGCCACCCGGGACACAUUUGAAGUUGAGGAUAAUGUCCAUGAAUUUAGAAGAAAGUAGCGAUUGUAUAGCGGAUUCGGUUUCCGUUUAUUCUGGAUACGCAUUGACAUCGACGAGUAAUGCUAAUCUGCUAAGUAGAUUAUGCUUAGCAAACUCCACCUGGGUUCAUAUCAAAGGGACCAAUAUAAUGACAGUGAAAUUUGAUUCAGAUGCGUUUAUUAAUAAGACCGGCUUCAACGCAUAUGUGUAUCGAGAUUGCGGAGGUAACUUGACCGGUCCCAAUGGCGUGAUUGAGUAUGACAAUUCCACUUUCACGAGAGCAAUUCGCACAUGGCGUUUCAAUUGCGAAUGGCUCGUGACGGUGAAACCCGGUAGAACAAUUAAAGUUCAAAUUACCGAUAUAUCGAUACAAGAAACACCUGAUCAUUCGUGCGGUGAUAAUUAUUUACUGCUGAAAAAUGGAGAUGGAAUGAUUUCGCCUCUGUUAGGCAAUGGAAAAUAUUGUGGCAAUAUAGCACCACCGGAAUUAGAAACCACUGGAAAUCGUUUUUAUGUUAAAUUUACUGGCACAGGUUAUCUAUAUCGUUUUAAACUCACUUACAGAGAAGUAAGUAUGAACUGUGGCGGUGAAUUUGUUUUCACAAAUAAACAGAAAGAAUGGGAAAUAUCAUCCCCCAACUAUCCCAACAUUCCUCCAACUUUCGCGGAAUGUACUUGGACAGCUAUUGCUCCAGCUGGUGAAAGGCUUUCUAUCCAUUUCUUGGAGAGAUUUGAUUUAAGUUAUUCCGAAAACUGUGAGAGAGAAUAUGUUGAAGUAAGGGAUGGCGGAACUGGUGGUUCAAGGUUCAUGGGAAGAUAUUGCAAGGACGUACCACCCAGUAGUAUGAGUACCACCGGCAACAUGAUAUAUAUUCACUUUUAUACGGAUUUGCCAGAACCUAAAAAUGGCUUUAAAGCUAAAAUUACAUCAGGAGAGGUCUGUGGUGGAAUUUUCCGCGGUACCAGUGGCGUUAUCACGUCUCCGAAUUAUCCGCAUUCCUAUCCUGUAAAUCAGACUUGCAACUGGUUGAUAAUAGGGCCGAUAGAUCAUACCAUGAAAUUAGAAUUCCGCGACAUAUAUCUUCCUGGUUUACGCCACUGCCUUUGGACCGAUCACGUGACAAUUAAAGAAAAACUUGCAGAAAAUAAUACGAUCUCAGAAAUUGGAACUUAUUGUGGUCUUCAAAAACCGGAUGUGAUUGAGACAUCGACAAACGAAGCAUACGUGUACUUCCAGAGCGAUAAUAGGGAGUACAUCAGUUACAGAGGGUUCAGUCUAAACUUUACCGCUAGUCAAGAAACAUGCGGUGGUUUAUUAACCGCAAUGAGUGGAAUAAUUAAGUCAAUCGGAUAUCCUAAUCCACGCACACGAGCCAGACAUUGUAAUUGGCGAAUUAAAUUACCGGUGGGUUAUCAAGUGGUGGUAAAUGUUUUGGAUAUAGACGUCGUUGACGAACCUGGACCUGCACAAGUGGGUUAUGCACUUUCGUUCUAUAAUGAUUUCACCUUUAAAUCAAAGAUCAAAAUGUUAGGACAAAGCGCUAAUACAGAAGAGAUUAUGAGCUCCAGUAAUACUAUGAUUAUCAACUAUUGGUCCUCCGCCGGGCACCGAGGUUUUAAACUUCGGUAUACAUCUCAAGCUCCAGCUCCUUGUGGUGGAAAUCUGAGACAACUUGAAGGGAAUAUAACGGGUCCUACAAAUCUGCCGUUUAAUCAAACUUCGUAUGUCUGCUACUGGACAUUGGAACCACCCGAAAAUAUGAUCGGUCCUAUCUAUGACAAUCGCAUGACACUGACAAUAAAAGUCACCGGCUAUUUAGGCAGAUCUGACAAUCAUGCAAAUAUUAUUAGAAGAAAUUGCAUUUAUAAUCAAUUCAUCGAACUUCAGGAUGUUGGAAUGUUAUGUGGGAAUCUAACGGAACCAAAAUAUUUAAGAAGCCCGAAAAUGGCCAAUAUGUUAACGAUAAUGAAUGGCACUUAUGGACAACAUGCAAAUUUUAAUCUGCAAUAUCAAUGGCAAGUGUGUGGUGGUAUUUUGGGUGGUCCAACUCACACCAUCAGACCGCCAAAGGAUAUUUCUUAUCCGAUAAACUGUGUUUGGCAUAUAAAUUAUCCCGAUGGUGAAACAAUCCAACUCACUUUUACUAAACUUGAACUUGAAAAUAAUUGUGACAAGAACUACCUCAUUAUCAAAAAUGGCGGAGCAACGUCACCGCAAGUCGCAAAGCACUGCUUGCACGCUACGAGCCAACUUCAGAAAUAUAAUAUAAGUAGCAUAUCGAAUCAGUUGUGGAUAGAAUAUUACGCGUCGGAGAAUCAAAGCGAUUUCGAGAUUAAUGUGGAACCUGUCAACAUAGGCUGUGGUGGAUCAUUACGCGGUCGCAGUCGCGAAAUUACAUCGCCCGAAUUUCCCAAACAAUAUCCAAACAACGGCGAGUGUACGUGGGAAAUAAUUGGUGACAAUGGAUAUUCCAUAGGCUUAACUUUUGUCGAUCGUUUCAGUCUGGAGACUAGUUCUAAUUGCGAGAAAGAUUAUGUGCAGAUAUUUGAUUGGAUCAUAGCAGACGGAGAUAAUAACAAUGGUGAAUGGAAAAGUCUCGGCAAGGUUUGCGGCAGAAACAGACCUACGCCCUUCAACUCGACGUCAAACCGCAUGAAGGUGAUCUUUCAUUCAAACGAGGCAGUACAAUCGGACGGUUUCCGCGCUGUCUGGAACGAGAAUUGCGGCGGUAUUUUCAAAGCGACCGAGAGAAUUAACAUCAUCCAAUCGCCCUCGUAUCCAAACUUCUAUCCACCGAACGCGUUCUGCAAUUACACCAUCGUCGCGCCAGACGAGGACAUUAUCGUUCAGUUCACUGACUUUCAACUCGAGCGCGGUCACGGUGAUUGUCGCUUUGACAAUGUCACGGUCAUAACGGAAAAUGUGUAUAGGAUAGAAUCGGAAAGUGUGGAGAUUUAUUGCGGCAACAAGAAACCGCCACUUAUGAAAUCUAUGUCAUCUAUGCAGAUUAUCUUCAUGACGGAUAAAUAUGGUCAGCGAAAUGGUUUCCAAUUUAAAUAUUUCCUCAACAAAUGCGGUGGUAUAAUUAGACAUCCAACCGAACUCAAGCCUUUGAUGCACGGAGAAGAAUAUUUCGGACGUAUGAAUUGCACUUGGAUCAUUAAAGCGCCGCAAGAAAAGAGCGUACUUAUACGAUUCGAAAAGUUCAUCCUCGAAUUCAGCACAAACUGCUACUACGACAAUGUCGCCGUUUACGAAGGUGAUUUGGUUAAAUUUGAUAAACGGAUAGCUCUGAUUUGCGGAAACUUGACCGAACAUUUACCAACAUUUAAAUCCGAAUCCAAUUCUAUGGUCGUCAAUUUUAACUCUGACAACACGAGGCAUUUCGCGGGUUUCACGGCCAAAGUGCUGUUUACAACAAGUCCAGCCGAUGGUUGCGGAGGAUCUAUCAAUAUGACUUCGAUUCAAUCUAAAUCGUUUAAAACUCAGCAAGCGGCAACUUAUCAAUCAUUUGAAGAGUGUCAUUGGACUGUGGUUACAUCGCCAGACAAAAAUAUUAGAUUUACUAUCAAUAGUAUGGAUAUAAGAAAUUCAACUAACUUUAGUAACUAUACUUUCAUCAAUCAAACUGAUAAAUGCAACGGUGAUUAUCUCGAGUUUCGAGAUGGAGCUGGAUCGUACGCCAGAAUUUUAGGUCAAUUUUGUGGAAAUGUACCACCACUUCCUAUAAUAUCUACUUCAAAUACGCUGUGGAUUAGAUUUUAUAGUGACGGCACUACUGAAGGUGCAGGUGCAACGGCCGUCUUAGAUAUAGUUGAUUCAUUGUGUGGCCUAAAUACUAGAGUAGUAAACGAAACAGCGCAAAUACUCACUUCUCCGAAUUAUCCAGAUAUGCAUACAACUGGAAUACAAUGUCACUGGAUUUUACGGCAUCCUGAUAAGUACAGUGAUAGACUGCGAAUUCGAUUUAUAGAUUUCGAUAUGGCAGAGUCUAACAAGUGCGAGAACGAGUAUCUAGAAAUUAGUGAGGAUGGGAAAUACGUAAACGAAGGCUUCGGGACAAAUUUCAUUUAUAGUGGCGUAAACCAACAUCCAAUAACCGUCGAGAUGGGCAGCCAUCUACCUUACUCCUCGUACAAAUAUUGUGGUAGCGAAUUGCCACACGAUUAUUACAGUUACAGCGACAGCAUGCAAGUAACUUUUAAAUCGAUAUCGAAUAACCAUAAAGGUUUUAAGCUGGAAUAUAGCACAGCGAAUUGCGAUCGAAAUUACACGAGUGAACAAGGACGUAUCUUUCAUCGCGGAUUCACGAAUUGCUGGAUCACGAUCACCGCUCCGGAAAAUUACACCGUUUCUUUGUAUUUCAAUCAAUUUAGCGUUUACGAUUCAGAGCAUUGCACGCGGAACGCAGUGCAGGUUCAUGAUGGUAACUCCAGCGGACCGCUUCUAACGACGUUAUGUAGCACAUCAACACCAAGUCCAAUUUUCAGCACCGGUAAUAAACUCACUCUGCAUUCCUGGACUGAGAACAUCUUCAACACUUAUCAAAGUUAUGACAUCACUUACACGACUACGGAUGCAGGUCGAGGUUGCGGCGGUCGCAUAUUCAAUUACGGCGGCAGAUUUACCUCGCCCUUGUAUCCCAAUAUAUAUCGCAACAAUACCGUAUGCACUUGGGAUGUAAGCGUGCCGCGGGGCUUCAGGAUCAUUCUUCAGUUUCUCAUCUUCGACAUCGGCACGAAGAAAAACUGCGGCAAUAAUAAUGUCAAAAUUUACGAUGUUCUUCCUAGCGGAGAACUUUUACGCAGCACUUUUUGCGGUGGGGAUGAUCCAGCGAGAUUGGAGAUUGAUACUGAUCGAAUUCUCGUUAAAUAUUCUUCGACAGUGAACAAUAUUGGAACGGGAUGGGUUAUUACGUUUAUGGCACAAUCUACUCUUCAUCCCAUUGACAUAAUUGACGGCUGGUAAAAGGAAUAUCAAGAGACUGUAAAAAGUAAUGUUUAUAAAUUAAAAAUGUAAUGGCAGAGAGAUGUUUCUUUUCAAAUUUAUGAUGUAUAAUUAACUGUAAAUAAACAAAAUAAAUAAUAUCGCUU